UUUUGUUUAUAAUGUCAUCGAUUUCCACAUGAUUUGCAUUGCAUUGCAAUUAAUGCCAAAUAGAGACACAUUUCACUCAUUCCGAUGACAACCACGUGUUGGUGACCCAUAUGUCCCACCAGACAGAGGUGGAGGUGCUGUCCGCCCACACCUCCGAGCUCACUACUGUGCCCUGCGUUCAGUUGAGUGUGAACAAUGUGACCCAUUGGUGGCCACAUGUCCUCCAGUCCAUCAACGCCUCCCAUUUCGUGGCCAUCGACCUCGAGUUGAGUGGUUUGGGAGCCAGAGAUCGACUCAAUGCUAAGAAAAUCGAUGAAAGAUAUGAAGGAGUGAUGUCUGCGGCCAAAAGCCGGUCCAUCGUAUCGGUUGGACUCGCAUUCUUCAGCUUCUCUGCCAAUGACUGCAACCAAACCAUAGUUAACAACAUCUGUGACACUAAGUACGGGACCAGUUGUGAGACAAAUGUCAACUCUGCGCCAUCGUUGAGUAACUGUAUCUCCGAUUGUGUGGAAGACAUGAACCGCUUUGAGAGACUACUCGACACACAACUCAUGGAUAAACUCGACGAUCAGACCAAUGGAUGCAAUGGAAGUGAUCUAAAUAGUGGUGACAAUGAGUGGAAGAUUAAUGCGGAAGUGUUUAACGCAUUGUGUCUUUGCGAUGAGGAGUAUGUGUGCGAACCCGAGACCAUGCGAUUCCUCGCCGGUCAUGGAUUUGACUUCAAUGGCCAGUGUCUGCACGGAUUG